AUGGAAGAGGAAGAAUCAUCAGAGUACAGCGAAGAAGGCGAAGACAAAGAACAGAUCCAUGAUUUUAGGGGUGUGUUGGUACAAGGAAGCCUGAACAACAACCCCCUGAACCUCUGGAAGCAUACCACCAUAUCCGAGGAUAGAACGAGUGAAAGCGGCUGGAGAGCAAAACAGCUGGCCAUUGUCCUUCCACAAGUCGCUCGAGAUUCUUCCGACCAGACAAAGAAGUCCAUCGCGGAGCGCGAUCUACCUUACUUCAACCCAAUGGAUCAUAUGAGUCCACUGGGUCCCUCUUCUUCCCAAAGAAAGUUGCCUGAAAAAGAUCUCGAGGCGCAUUUAAGGUGGACAGGAAAGGAAAAGUCAAAUUCAAAGGACCGGGGGAUCUCUGAUUUUGGGCCUGCACAAAGAAUCGCUCAAGUUUCGAAUCGCUCAGAAAUCGAGGAUCAAGAGUUCCCCAGUGCUAGGAACAACGAAGAGGAGGUGCCCACUGGAUCAAUGGGACACUACCAAUUGCUUACAAACCGCAUCCAGGCACUCGAACAGGAGAACAUAAUACUGAAGAGCUGGAUUGAUCCGGAUUCAAUUCAUCGAGGACGGCCCUUUUUCCAGAUUGUGUAUCGAUUCAAGGGCGAUGAUAAAAUCUUCUUCAAGCCACCCUCAUGGAUGCGGGAACAUUCCGUGGAAGGUAAUCGGUACACUCUAAAAGGAGGUUCGCUAUCAAUGAAGGAGACGGAGUACUUGAAACGAAGCAGCAAUCUUGCUUUCGUUAUUUUCCAGAGCUAUACCGUCGUGACGGUGGACGACCGGACAGAAACUCCCAUUCUGCCAGGUCCUGAGGCCGAAACCGUCUUGUUUGCUUCUGAUGAAAUGAGACGAGCGGUUCAGAAUUAUUUGAGCAAACAGCCGGACUUUGAGCAACUUUUCCCGUUGUUCGAUGUUAUGGGGGAAAUUCCUUCCCCCUACCUGUUUUGGUACAGCACUCGUUCAUCGUAUGACUCUGUCUUGCAAGUACUUCCGUCUCAUCAGAGAGCCCUGGUCGAGUUAUUUGGAGAGUGGGUGAAUGCCAAUUACGAGAAAGAAUAUGCACAUGUGAAUGACCAGAUCGAGAGAGGAGUCGUAUCUUGUCGAACGAUGAAGUACCUGGUCAGGCCAGGUGAUCCCCUCGUAUGUCAGGAAACGAGUCUGCUGCAAGCCUAUCAGGCUACAUCUUGGGCUAAAAGUAAAGUCACAUUGAGGGAUACUGGCUCCAAGGAAGGUGUGGGCGGCUUUGACAAGGUUUGGGAAGUGUCAGCCUGGUCCUACGAAUUCGAUGGCGUCUUCUACCAGAAGACUGUCCAUCUGGACAUUGAGCUCGAUGCCAGAGAUCCCGAUGAGGAAGUAGCACUGAGUGCCUUGAGGGUGACUCUACUGGAUCACGCCAGUUCGGACAUCAGAGAGAAACUCGAACUUCGAGGCAAGACGUGCUGGGCAUGUCGCAAGAAGAGAUUUAUUUCUUACAGGGGAGGGGACGACAUUGAGUCACUCAGCAAUAACAGCGAAAGGUUCAUGGUUGACUUCCCGACCUACCGGCAACUGCAUCCACCCGAACAUCCCCUGGUUCGCAAGAAGCGCACAGAGAUACCACCGGAGCGCCUGGAGGCUGACGACCCGCCAUCGGCACCGGAGAUCUAUCUAUUCCCAUCACGUAUCGUAGGAUACAAUUUCCGCCGGAAAAAAUGGGUCAACCUGCAGGUCGACCUCAUUCAAGAGGUUGAAUGGAACAAAAAGGCCUUUGAAAGCCUCGUCAUUGACCAGGAGACCAAAGAACUCGUUCAGGCGUUGAUUACGAACCGGCUUGUAGCCGAGAAAGGAACCGACUUGAUUGAGGACAAAGGUAACGGGCUGACAAUCCUUCUGCACGGGGGACCUGGGACUGGCAAGACAUUUACCGCCGAAAGUGUAGCUGAACUGGCCGAGAAGCCUCUAUACAGGGUAACGUGCGGCGACAUUGGCACCCAACCGGAAGAUGUGGAGAAGUACCUCGAAUCUGCUCUCCAUCUCGGCAAAAUCUGGGACUGUGUCGUGUUGCUGGACGAGGCGGACGUGUUCUUGCAAGAACGUACGUUGUCGGACCUGCAGCGCAACGCACUGGUGACUGUUUUCUUGCGUGUUCUUGAAUAUUACGAUGGUAUUCUGAUUCUAACAUCCAACCGUGUGGGCACAUUCGAUGAAGCAUUCAAAUCUCGCAUUCAGGUCUCCCUGCACUAUCCCAACCUCAAUCGCUCGCAACGACACAAGAUUUGGCGGAACAUGAUCAAUCGCUUGAGGACACUCGAGCAGCCUAACAUCGACUUUGACGACAUCGACUGCUAUAUCAGCGAGCUAGCCGAGCAGGAAAUGAAUGGCCGUCAGAUUCGUAACGCCAUAACGACUGCCCGCCAGUUGGCCAAGUUCAAGGACAGGAACAUGACACAUGCGGAUCUGAAGCACGUCAUCGACGUUGCUGGGCGAUUUGAUAAGUAUCUCUAUGAUGUCAAGGAGGGCUUUACGGAUGAUGCCAUAGCCAGGGACUCUGGUCUUCGAUAA